GAAGAAACCCACACACGUGACAGUGAACUGCUGGUUCUGCAAUCAGGACACGGUGGUGCCAUAUGGGAAUCGCAACUGCUGGGAUUGCCCCAACUGUGAGCAGUACAAUGGGUUCCAAGAGAAUGGAGACUACAACAAGCCCAUCCCUGCUCAGUACAUGGAACACCUUAACCAUGUUGUGUCAGGUGGUACGACUUUCUGUGAUCCUACCAAACCCCAACAGUGGGUGAGCAGCCAAAUUCUGCUUUGCAAGAAAUGCAACAACCAUCAAACCACAAAGAUCAAACAGCUGGCUUCAUUCUCACCGAGGGAGGAGGGCAAAUAUGAUGAGGAGAUUGAGGUGUAUAAGCACCAUCUGGAGCAGACCUACAAGCUGUGCCGUCCGUGCCAGGCUGCUGUGGAGUAUUACAUAAAACAUCAGAAUCGCCAGCUCCGGGCACUGCUGCUCAACCACCAUUUCAAACGCCGUGAGACAGACAAGACCUAUACUCAGAAUUUAUGUUCAUCCUCCUCUUCUGCUUCCAUAACCGCACCAGCUCAGGUGAUAUUUCUGCGGUUUUUGGCCUUCCUCAGCUGUGCAUUCCUGCUUCUGAUGGCCUUGUAUGGGUCGGGCAACCCCUUCUCGCUCAGUGCAGCAAUCUCUGCUCCUGGCUCCUCUGGUUCAGCGCCCAUUCAGAGCAGGACUGGCACAAGCUCACAUGCAGACUUGAAAAAUGACGCUUCCGUGACGGUGACACGCUGGCAGGAGCUGCUCCGUCUGCUCCCAGAACAGAUGGUGGAGAACCUGAGUGCCGCGUGGGCUUACGGGAAGAAUCACCAGAUGGCGGUCUCUGUCCUUGGGCUGUUCACCUGCCUGUUGGCCAUAUUCUUAGCUGGGCGUAUCAGGCUCCGGAGAAUUGAUGCAUUUGCUUCAGUCUUGUGGUUCAUAGUGAUGAGUCUGCAUUUAGCCGAGAAGUACCUGAAGGCAGAAACACCCAGCUGGCUAGACACCACCAAAUUUGGCAUCACAUCCUUGUGCUGCUUGGUGGGCUUCACCGCAGCAGUGGCCACGCGGAAGUCAACGGGCCAUCGGAGAUACCGGCCCCGAAGGUUCCUUUCUGGAGAUCCGAUUACUGUCUUUCCCAGCAGCACUGGGACUGGCUUCCCUUCCUCGCCUACGUCUCUCUUUGUCCCAACACCACCCAGUAUUCUCCAGCUGACAAACCAACAGCUCUUCAGAUCGCCAUGCAGAACUACUUCUUCCUCUCUUCCUGGUCGUCUCAACAGGGCACUGUCGCUGGGUACCAUCCCCUCCUUGGCCAGAGCAGAUUCUGGCUACUUGUUCAGCGGCAGUCGACCAGCCUCGCAGUCAUCUUGCUCCAGGGAAUCUCCUACAUCAGAUCACUUCUCCCUGCUGUCAGGCAGCUGUGCUCCCUCCCACAUCCCGUCUCCAGCACCGUCGGUGGCUGGCUCGGUGACUUCCAGCUCAGGUUCCUUGCGAUACCGCCGGCCGCUCAUCAGCCCUGCCCGCCUGAACCUGGAAGGACAGAAGCUGCUGCUUUUCCAAUCUCAUAAUGAGGCUCUGCUCACCCCAACUAGCUCGGAGGAGCACACCUACUCAGACAGCAACAUCUUUGCCACUGAGCUGACCCCUUUUCCAAAGAAGAACCUCGUCGAGCAGGGAAUGCAUGGUAUGAGAUCUGCUGUGGAAAGGGGGAGUAUCUGCAGUGAUAAUUCCAUCAGAAAGGAGAAUCGCUCGUCACACUCAUCUAUCUGUGUGGUAGACACAACUACCAAAGGGGAAGAUUUGGCGGGCUGGAGAGGUCGUUUUGGUAACUCCGCUCUCCGAGGUCUGCUGGCCGUGAGUCUGACUCUCAAUGCUGUCUUCACAUCAGCCUAUAUCUACCGAAGCCUGCGCUGA